UAAAACUAAAGAUUGUGUAUAUAUUUUGUGCAAUUUUGAUAUAUUUUGUAAGUGACAUUACAUACACGCAAAUAACUUCAAAAAACUGAUAGAAAUGGGAACAAAUGUUUCUAAUAUAGAUGAAAUGAAAUCGACAGCUUUAAAAGCUUUUGUGAAAGAAUUUGGAGAAAAUGCGAAUAUUUGUGUAUGCGCACCCGGUCGCGUAAAUUUAAUUGGAGAGCAUACUGAUUAUAACGAAGGUUUCGUUUUACCGAUGGCAUUGCCUAUGGUUACACUCAUAGUUGGAAAACUUAGUAAUAUAGAAAGAUGUAAAAUUGUUUCUCUGAGUGAAACUGUUAGUUUUGAAAAUUAUACAGACUUUGAAGUUAGUUCUCGUAAGAAUAUACAACCAGGAGAACCAAAGUGGGCUAAUUAUGUGAAAGGAUGUAUUGCAAACUUUAUUUGUGAUGUGCCACCAUUUAAUGCUGUGAUUGUGUCAUCUGUACCAGUUGGUGCUGGUUUGAGUAGUUCAGCUGCAUUAGAAGUUGCUAUCUAUACAUUUUUAGAAGCAUUAACUAAUGUAAAAUCAAGCAAGCCAGAGGAUAAAGCCCUUGCAUGUCAACAUGCUGAACAUGAUUUUGCUGGAGUUCCAUGUGGUAUCAUGGAUCAGUUUAUUUCUGUGAUGGCAAGAGAAGGUUAUGCUCUUCUCCUUGAUUGUAAAAAUCUUAAUACUAAACAAAUACCUAUGUCACAAAUGAAUGAUUAUGUUUUUCUAAUUACUAAUUCUAAUACUCCUCAUAAAUUAAGUUCAAGUGCAUAUUGUGAGCGUAGAGAUUGUUGUUAUGAAGCUGCAAAAAAGUUAAAUAAAAAAAGUUUACGCGAAGUGUCUUUGAGUGAUAUUGAAGUCUUACAGUUGCAAAAUGUAUCUGAAAAAAUGAUAAAACUAACUCGUCAUGUAGUCACAGAAAUUCAAAGAACGGUUGAUGCUGCAGUUGCUUUGGAAAAAGGAGAUUUGAAUAAAUUUGGUCAGUUAAUGAACGAAAGUCAUGAUUCUUUAAAAAAUGAUUAUGAAGUUUCAUCUGUAGAGUUAGAUACAUUAGUAUCGGCAGCAAGAGAAGUAAAUGGUGUCUUAGGAAGUCGUUUGACUGGUGCUGGAUUUGGAGGAUGUACAGUAACAUUAUUGAAGAAGGAUAUGAUUGAUAAAGUAAUCAAUCACAUGAAGGCUAAAUAUCCUGGAAAUGCAACAUUUUAUAUAGCAAAUUCUGCAAUGGGUGCAAGAAUUUUGGAUAUAAAUUAACCAAUAUGAUUGAAAAAAAUGACCAAAAAAAUAAAAUGAC